UCGUGUGUGCAUGCGUGUGUAUGUGCGCACCAACGUUAACACAAACUCAUCAAAAAUUUCACCAAAUUUCGAUUCUUUUUCCAUCAAAGAUCGCAUCCUCUCCACCCAAAUAGGAUCUUCCUCUUCUCCCUCCUCAUUUGACCCAUUUUCUCUCUUCUGCAUCUCAAACACCAUAGUUUUCCCAGAAAAUAAAAAGACACUUUUUUCCGGGAAACAAAAAAAGAAGAAGUAGUAAACAACAGCAAAUAUUAUCAGGGUGUAUAAUUGAAUUUACAAUGAGGCGAAGAGGUGCGGAUUUUCGAAGGCCAGUGAGGAGGAGGGUGCAGGAUGUGGCGUGGUGGACACUCUGUAGUGUAGUAGCUCUCUUAUUUAUUUACAUUCUUGUCACCACCACCAAAGGCUCCAACACUAAUAGUACUACCUCAAUGCCCCCUUUCUCCUUGAGAAAUUUCAGGAAUGAAAGGAUCAUGGAAAGCCUUAAUAUUACUGAAGAGAUGUUAAGCCCUGACUCAGUAGCAAGACAACUAAAUGAUCAAAUAUCUCUAGCAAAAGCCUUUGUUGUAAUUGCCAAAGAAAGUAACAAUCUCCAAUUAGCUUUGUCAUUAACUUCCCAGAUUCAAAAUUUGCAGAUUCUCCUCUCAAAUGCAGCCACCAGGCGCGCUCCCUUGACAAUAAUGGAGUCAGAGAAAGCGAUUCAUGAUAUGGCAUCAUUGCUGUAUCAGGCACAGCAGCUCCAUUAUGACACUGCAGGCAUGAUCAUGAGACAGAAAGCAAAGAUUGAAUCUCUUGAAGAACAGAUGAAUUAUGUAAAUGAAAAGAGUUCGAAAUACGGACAAGUAGCUGCUGAAGAAGUCCCCAAGAGCCUAUACUGCCUAGGUGUCCAGUUGACAUCAAAAUGGUUAAAUAAUCUCGAUUUGCAGAACAAAUUGAAGGACAAAUUGCAAUCUGACAUGAAACUUAGGGACAACAAUCUUUACCACUUUUGUGUGUUCUCUGAUAACAUCCUUGCUACUUCAGUUGCAAUCAACUCGACCGCGCAAAAUUCUAAGAAUCCAGAUAGAAUUGUUUUCCACAUUGUCACGGACGAAAUAAGUUAUGCUGUUAUGAAGGCAUGGUUUGCUUUAAACGAUUUUCGUGGUGUGACAGUUGAAGUUCAGAAGUAUGAAGACUUCGAUUGGUUAAAUGCUUCAUAUGCUCCUGUGCUUAAGCAGCUCCAAGACUCAGAGAUCCAGAGCUACUACUUUCGAGGAAGCAAAGACGAUGGAAGUACUCCGAUCAAGUUUCGGAACCCAAAAUAUCUCUCCAUGCUUAACCACCUAAGAUUCUACAUCCCCGAAGUCUUUCCGGAUCUAAAGAGGGUGGUGUUUCUCGACGAUGAUGUCGUGGUCCAAAAGGAUCUUUCUAAGCUUUUCUCAAUUGAUUUGAAUGAAAAUGUUAAUGGAGCAGUUGAGACAUGUAUGGAGACAUUUCAUAGGUACCAUAAAUACUUGAACUAUUCACAUCCUUUAAUUAGAGCACACUUUGAUCCUGAUGCAUGUGGUUGGGCAUUUGGAAUGAAUGUGUUUGAUUUGGUUCAAUGGAGGAAAAUGAAUGUAACAGGAAUCUACCACUACUGGCAAGAAAAGAAUAUAGAUAGAACAUUGUGGAAACUUGGAACAUUGCCACCAGGGUUGUUAACAUUUUAUGGAUUAACUGAGCCAUUGGAUCCAUCAUGGCAUGUGUUGGGUUUUGGCUACACCUCUGUGGAUCCUGUGUUGAUAGAGAAUGGUGCUGUGUUGCAUUUCAAUGGAAACUCCAAACCAUGGUUGAAGAUUGGGAUGGAAAAGUACAAGCCCUUGUGGGAAAAAUACAUGGAUUAUUCUCAUCCUUUGUUGCAACAGUGCAACUUUCAUUGAGUUCCAAAACAUUAGGAAUUGCAAAAUCUAGUAGCCAAUCAGUUUAUUCAUGUUCAUGCAUUUUUUUCCUUUUCUUUGAGAUUAUAGGAGUUAAUAUAGUA